UUUAGAAAGGUGGGAUUGGAAUUUCCAUACAGAUGGUCACUUGUACGCUACCAAGUCAAAAGUCUAUAGUGUUUCAGGCUGAAUAGUCAACACCAACCUUACCACUUUGGAACAUGACAUGGUUUGGCACUUUGGGUCAAGUUCGUCGCCUGCCCUCUUUUUUAAGUUUUCCGCACAUCUAUGGAUGUUCUUCAAGUGCAAAAUCUCUGUUUUCUUUUUUCUCUAUAUUUUUUUCUUUAUCUUUUUUUAUAUGCCAGUGUUUUGAUGUUUUGAAUUUCAUGGGAGUGUUUUGAACUAAGUUCAGACACUACCAGCUGAGAGAGGCAACUAUAAGAACAGUGAUUGUUUCAGAAACUUGCCUCCAAAAGAGGUGUAGAAAGAUCCAAGACUUCUCAAAAGGGGGAGAAAUUAAUCUCAAGCAACAGACAGAAUCGCAUUCAAUGAUGAGGGCUCAAGCCGGUUGUGGGGAUGGAUCUAUCAUUACUUAAAUUCCAGCUGCAAGACUUGAUCCACUCUAUAAAAGGGAACUAAAUUUUAGUGCUAGAGACAUAUAUAACUUACCCUUUUAUUCUUCCCUUUCUUUUCCAUGGCUGUCAAUUCCUAUGUUAAAACCUCUCCAAGAACGACCAUAGUUCUGCUACUCCUUGGGCUGCUGAUGACCAACCUACACCUAACAGAAGCCCAAAUAGGAGUGUGUUAUGGAACGCUUGGCGACAACCUGCCACCACCGGAAGAGGUUGUAGAGCUCUACACCCAGAACAACUUCCAAAGAAUGAGACUUUACGAUCCAAACAUAGCUGCUCUGCAGGCCCUUGAAGGCUCCAACAUUGAGCUCAUGCUGGGCGUCCCAAACAACGCCCUUCAAGAUAUUGCCAACCAAGGCAAUGCAAAUUCAUGGGUCGAAAAAUAUGUGACGAACUAUACUAAGGUCAAAUUUCGAUACAUUGCAGUUGGCAAUGAAGUGAGUCUUUCAGACUACGUUGCCCAGUUUCUUCUCCCUGCGAUGAAAUCUAUCACCAAUGCAAUCUCCGCAGCUGGCCUAGACAAUCAAAUCAAGGUUUCCACUGCCACUCAGCUUGGAGUUUUAGGGAAUUCCUACCCUCCAUCACAAGGCUCCUUCCAGACUCAAGCCCGUACAUUUCUUGAUCCCAUCAUCAGUCUCUUAGUGGAAAACCGUGCCCCACUACUAGUUAGCCUCUACCCUUACUUCAGUUACAGUGCUAACACCCAAGACGUCAGCCUAGACUAUGCUCUUUUUACGGCUAAUGAGGUUACGGUGCAAGAUGGGCAGCUUGGGUACCGAAAUCUCUUUGAUUCCAUGGUGGAUGCAUUUUACUCAGCGCUUGAGGAGGCUGGUGGGAGUUCGCUGGAAAUUGUUAUAUCGGAAAGUGGCUGGCCUUCAGCUGGUGGCACAGGAGCGACUCUGGAUAAUGCAAGGAUUUAUAAUACCAAUUUGAUUCAGCAUGUGAAGGGAGGGACUCCCAAGAGGCCUGGAAAGGCCAUAGAAACUUAUGUGUUUGCCAUGUUUGACGAGAACAGCCAAACCCCAGAAUUGGAGAGACAUUGGGGGCUAUUUCUCCCAAACAAACAGCCAAAGUAGCCAUUAGUUUGUAGGGUCCCCAGUACCAAUCAAAUUAUUUAUUCAAUUGAGUAACAUAAUAUCAGAAUUGGUAUCUCAUUUUUUUCAGCU